CAUGGCACCGGCACCGGCACCGGAACCGGAACCGGCACCGGGACCCAACCGGGCCCGGCACCGGAGCGACCCCGGCCCGGCCCCGCCGCCUCUUCCGCCCCGCGUGACGUCACUUCCGCCCCCUCGUUCCUUCCCGCCCUUUUUGUCCUUGAGCGCCCCGCUGAAAAGCCACGCCCCCUUCAGGCUUAAACCCCGCCCAUUCUCAAUAGAUCACGCCUCUCAUGGGACAAGCCACGCCUCUUUUGGCGCCCGCGAGGCGACUUCCGGUCUUGCUACGCCGCCGCCUCCGGUGAGUUGGGUGGCACCGCGGCGCCCCCUGGCGGUGGAGGACGGGCUGGGUCCUCCAAGGGAGGGUGGGAGAACUGGGAGGGACUGGGAGGGACUGGGAGGGACUGGGAGGGACUUUUCUUCAUCCCAGUGCCCCCCAGUUUGUACUGGUGCAGCCCCAGUUUGUACUGGUGCACUCCCAGUUCAUCCCAGUGCCCCCCAGUCUGUACUCGUGCACUCCCAGUCCAUCCCAGUGCCCCCCAGUCUGUACUGGUGCACUCCCAGUCCAUCCCAGUGCACUCCCAGUGCAUCCCAGUGCACUCUCACUCCAUCCCAGUUCAUUCCAGUUCAUUCCAAUCCAUCCAGGCGCACUCCCAGUGCACUCCCAGUCCGUCCCAGUGCAUGCCAGUCCAUUGUGGUGCACUCCCAGUUCAUCCCAGUCCAUCCAGGUGCACUCCCAGUGCACUCCAAGCCGUUCAGGUGCACUCCCAGUUCAUUCCAGUUCAUUCCAGUCCAUCCAGGUGCACUCCCAGUGCAUCCCAGUGCAUCCCAGUCCAUCCCAGUGCACUCCCAGUCCAUCCCAGUCCAUUGUGAUGCACUCCCAGUGCACUCCAGUCCAUCCCAGUGCAUCGCAGUGCACUCCCAGUCCACCCCGGUGCACUCCCAGUGCACUCCCAGUCCAUCCCAGUGCACUCCCAGUGCACUCCAAGCCGUUCAGGUGCACUCCCAGUUCAUUCCAGUUCAUUCCAGUCCAUCCAGUCCAUCCUAG